AUGUCGAUGCGUGUGUGUGCGGUUUUAUUUGUGUUAUUAGGUUCAUUUUUUGUUAUAAAAUGCAAAGACACAAGGACUGAGGAAGGUUACCCUAGAGGAUUUAUGUCAGUAUGUCCGGGCUCCUCAAAGCCGGCCUCCAUCCCGAGGAGUCAGCUCAGGCACCUGUACUUCAUGGUGCAGGGCAAGGGGCGCAGUCGACAGAAGUACACGUACUGGGAGGCGAAGAACAUCGCCACAGACCCUAGGGUUGACUUUCGUAGGAAGACGGUGGUAAUCGCGCUGGGCUACCUGGACAGCACCAGCUUCCCCAUCUCCGCGAUGUUCGCCAACGAGUACGAGGCGUUGGACUACAACGUCAUCGUGGUUGACAACCAACGAUUCGCCACUGUACAUUAUUAUUUAGCUUCGCGCCUGAUGCGUCCUGUCGGCAAACACGUAGCAGAAGUUUUAGCUCAACUAACUCGGGCCGGCCUCGACCCUUGCAAAACUGAACUGCUGGGCUUCAGCCUCGGGGGCCAAACCGUCAGCUACAUAGCGAAAAACUAUCAACAGAUGACGGGGCGGAAUAUCUCUAAAAUAACUGCAUUAGAACCAGCUGGACCCUGCUUUAGGACUUUAUCUCCACACGAACGCUUGGACGCUUCAAACGCAGAUUUCGUUCAAGUCAUACACACGAACAUAGACGGUUAUGGUAUGGCAACACGUAUGGGUCACGUAGAUUUUUAUGUAAACGGAGGGGAAUUCCAACCGACAGACUUAAAUUUCCUGCCUUGCAGUUCAACGUGCAGCCAUUUUCGAGUUUUAACCUAUUGGCUAUCCGCUAUGCAGAACCCUAGCCAAUUUAUAGCUAUAAAAUGUGACGGUAUUCAAGAAGCGAGAGACGCUACAUGUUAUGAUAAUGUUCCCCUGUCAACUAACAUUAUGGGUGAUAAUGUUAACAUUUACAAUCAUGGUAUAUUUUAUCUGUCUACAACCAAAACUUAUCCGUAUUAUCUAGGGAAAAAUGGUUUGAAACCAGAAUAUGUCUUUUGGAGACAAAUUAGUCACGUAAAUGACGGAAAUGAAACAGAAGUGUACACGUGA